AUGUCACGAGGCCUCACUACCAAGUCGACUGAAAAGCCGAAAUCCAAGAUAGCAAAGUCGACGCGCCCACAGAAAAGAGUCAAGGGCGGCACCGAAUCGACGCGCAACCAUGUCUUCAAAGGCUUCACCCAGCGCAUUGCCCAGCUCAAGAUCGAACCCAUUCGCCGCGGUCGCAGCACCAUUCUCGACGAUGCCGAACUCGAAUCCACCUUUUCCUACUUCCGCGACUCUUUCGUGGAGUGGAGAGAGCUCAACAUGUCCGAAGGCUUCACGACUUUCGCCCGCAAAGUCGCGCCAUUAUGCGACAGCCUCCCACAGGUCCUACAUCACAGCGAUCGCAUAUUCGAAUUGCUCGUAGAAUACAUUGAGAAAGGCGAGAAAUUCAGCCAAGAACCGCUGCUCAGUCUCACGGCGCAUCUGGCUCACGACUUGGGCGAGAGAUUUGAGAAGCAUUUUGAGAAGGCAGUGAAGACGGUAUCGCAUUUGGCAGCUACACAUGCUGAUGUCGAGGUCAUAGAGUGGGCUUUUGGCUGUCUCGCAUGGCUCUUCAAAUACCUCUCGCGGCUCUUAGUACCGAACCUACGCCCAGUUUUCGAUCUUAUGUCGCCUCUGCUAGGCAAAGAGCGUCAGAAGGCCUUCGUAUCCCGUUUCGCCGCCGAAUCGCUCAGCUUCCUUGUCCGCAAAGCCGGUGCUGGCUACCACAGAGACAAGAUGCCGCUCAGGACCAUCAUAAAGCACAUAUCAGACCAGCUGAAGGACCAACAAGAGUCGGGCAAGGACUACGCUUUUCAACAGGGUCUCAUGUACCUCUUGACCGACUCGCUGAAAGGCGUGCAGCGAGGAUUUCACUCGAGCGCUACGGCGAUAUUACAGGAGCUCUUAGCAGAGACGUACAACGAAGAGCACGUCCAACUUAGAAUUCCGCCUCUCGAGCCCGUGCUAGCUGGCGUCGUUACUGCCGCGAUUCACCACACGGACGCUGAAAACUUCGGGCCCUUACUCGAAGUGAUUCUCGCACAAAUCAAUAAAACAUCCUCCGAUACGCGAUACCUGGGCCUCUCGUCUCGUCUAUUACUAGUCACGUGCGGUGUGCGACAAGGUGACCGUAUUGAUGACUGGCAGCCUGCACUGGCCAUAGUCAGUCACUUGUUGGAAUCGACAAAUACAUCCACGGCUCUGGAUCCUGUUGAUGCAUGGGAGGUCUUAUCUGUUAUCUCCGUGGUAUUCCAAUACUGUGCUUUGGAUGCGGCGAUACCCCAUGAAAAACUGCUUGAAGGGCUCAGCCGUGGCCCAUGGGAGCCCUACUUCCUACCUUUCUGCAACCUUUUUGCUGACCUGGGAGUGGAGAGAUUCAGAACGUUGUUACUACCGUAUUUCAAGAGGUUCAUCGCACAGAAGGCACAUGAGCAUGGAUCGCAAUUUUGCGCUAUUCUUCCUCGACUGUAUCACAACGGCGCGCUAGCGAAUGGCGCUCUGCAACCUUCAGAGCGCUGGCAAACGACCUUACAUGAGCCAUUCGACAAGCUCCUUGAGUCUACACGUGGUGGUGUCGAUUCAGACUACGAUACUUUCUAUUGCAAUGCUUUGUUAGGCGCCAUAGAGACGCUACGCAUAGGCAACGACAAGACCCGCGGAAUCUGGAACAACCUUGCAGAGUUACUCCGAAAUGCCGUAGAUAUCGACAGCGCAAAAACCCGACGGACUACAGACAUCUUUGCUACUGGGAAUGGCUUCCAGUUUCUCAUCGGGAAAGGCGACAGCAACGACUUGACAGCAAGUUUGUGGCCUGCAUUGUGCCAAGCAUCCACUGUAUACGGCCAUUCCGUGGCCUUCUGGCGCGCGCUCCUAGGCCUGUUACAGCGAGAGAAGACCAAACUCGACAUCACUGGGUCACAUAUGGAGCCUCUCAAGCAAACUCUCAUGCGCUGCUUGGGCUCUCCAUCACACGAUCUGAGACUCACAGCCAUAUAUGUUCUGCAGAUUAUCGCAGGACAGAGCGAAGAGCAUGAGAAAAUCCUGCAUAUUGCAAUGCUGGUCGAGCAGACGCCACUGAAUCUCGAAACUCAGAGGUCCAUUGCAAUGCGUAUAGGGCAAAUCGCAAAGUUGUACCCAGGUGUAUGCUCCGAUCAGUCGGUAGGGGAGGCUAUACCUGCGUUCUGUCUAGGACUGCUCCACGUCCGACUAGCUUCGGUCUGGGAUGACAGUUGCACAGCUUUGAAGGCAAUAUGCGAGACGAAAGAGGGAGAGGGCUUUGUUACUCAAAUCGUUUUCGAAUGGCUGACUGCUGCCGAUGUUAGCCCGAGUGCUACUGACGACUCUCAACCAACCUCUUCACAGCGCCCCUACGCCACCGACUUUGAGUGUACCAACCUCAUGCAACUUCAAGACCACAUCUCCAAUAUACAGUCUCAGGCUGACAGCACCGAAGAGCAGCUAGAGACUCUCUUCAAAGAAGACCACGCCGAAGUACCUUUUUACAACCCAUUCAGCAGGACACAAGCUCUCAGAGUCUUGAGUUCUCUGCCACAUAUCGCAGAGAAGCGGUCGCGCCUUCUCGUUCCUGUACUCUUGAACUGGGCGCUGAAUCAAGCCACGCCGGAACCCGAAGAUGCCUCCAACACGGAAGAGGAUGCUGGCGCUGUUGCUCAGGACCGCUGGGCAAGAAAAGACCAGAAAGCAAUGCUCUCGAUCUUCGCGAAAUUCAACAACCCCAAGGUUCUGUACCGAACUGAUGAAGUCCGUGAAGCCUUGCUCGCUUUACUGGGUAAUGGAGAUAUUGAGAUCCAAAAAGCUGCACUGAAGGCGCUUCUCACCUGGAAAGAUCCUGCCAUCGUGGCAUAUCAAGAACAACUGCUCAAUUUGCUCGACGAUGAGCGCUUCCGUGACGAGCUGCCAAUCUUCCUCAGCGAAGGAAAGCUCCAAGAUACCGAUGUGGAUCAAGUACUCCCGAUUGUGUUGCGCCUAUUGUACGGCAAGGUCAUAGCUGGCAAACGAGGGCUUGAGUCGAAGAGGAAAGCCGUUUUCGUCGGCCUCAAGAACAGAUUUGGAGAUGACGCCAUACAUCAAUUCUUACAAAUCGCUUUCGGGCCUCUAGGCCACAUUUCAAUACUGAAAGACUCCGCGGUCGAUGAAGAGCUGCUGCAAAAAGAUCUAGUCGACGCACGAAAGCAAGUCGGUAUGCUAAACCUACUGGAUGACUUGCUGAGUACUUUUGCAACUACAUUCGCGCCAUUCGCCGGAACCGUCGUGGACCCCAUUCUGUACUCCGCCAUCAAAGCAUCACGAGAACUAUCAAGACCGAACGAUCGUGAAGACGAUGAAGGCCGAGCAACGAACACGUCCUUGCUGAAGACUAUAAGGCAGCGCGCCUUGCAGAUUCUAGGAAGGCUGUUCGAGAAUUGCCCGGAGUUCGAAUGGAAGCCGUAUACAGGUGCUCUCGUCAAGGAGAUGGUCGAACCCAGGCUCGAGCAGUUGCCCAUUGAGACGGCUCAAUCUGUCUCUGGGCUUCUACGAUUGUUCGCGGCGUGGUCGAAAUCGAGCCCUACGGCUCCAUUUUUGGUAGAGUUUAACCCUGCGAUCUUGCACAAGGUCAUCGACUGCCUCAAGGUACCGUCAGCCAAGGACGAGGUCAAGUGCUUUGUUCUAAACGACAUCAUCCGGAACAUCGUUUCUCUUGUUACUGUGGAAGAUGAAGUGCCUACGACAGACUUGAAGCUUCUUCGGAACCGUAUCCACACAGACAUCAUCCAGCCAUACUCGACUGCGAUACUUCACCGGGUUGGUCAACUGCUUCGCCAAAGUCCUAGCAAAGAACUGCUUGAAGCUGGAGUACAGACCGUUGCAGACCUAGCCCCUCAUGUAGUCGGUGCCACGGAGUCACGUAGCAUGAUCGAGAUCGCAACUUUCCUGCUUCGCCAGCCAUCAAAGCGCGUAAACCCGCGGACCAAGUUAGGUUUACUCAAGAUUCUUCAUGAGUUCAUACAGCGUUGUGAUAGUCAGGGUCUGACUGAGCUUUUCGACACAAUCUACGAUGCCGUCUGUCCUAUGUUCAGUUUCGUUCAAGACCGAACAGCCCGAACCCUGCUUUGCGAUGUUCUCCAAGAUCUUUCUGACACCAACGGCGACCUCAUGGUAAUUGCAAAGUUGUGCCAUGAUCUCAACUCUUUCGCUACUGGACGCCUCGACGAGCCGGAUUUCGAACGCCGUUCGCAAGCCUUCAAUACUAUCAACGAGCAAAGCUAUCGGUCUUACACGCUCACACAGUGGAAACCUCUGGUCUACAACAUGCUGUAUCUUAUCAAAGACAACGACGAGCUCAGUAUUCGGGUCAAUGCAUCUUUAUCGCUGCGUCGCUUCAGCGAGGUAUCGUCAAGCGAACAGUUCAGAGCAUUCGUCUCAGCGGCUGUCCUGCCUGGGAUCCACGCUGGUAUGCGGGAAACCUCGGAGCUUGUGCGUGUCGAAUACCUUGCUGUCCUUGAGCAUCUGGUAAAGACACACCCUGACUGGGCACCUGUAGCAGAUCUUCAUGUGCUCCUUUCAGAAGAUGACGAGGCGUCGUUCUUCGGCAACAUUCUUCACAUCCAGGGUCAUCGACGACUGAGAGCCUUGCGCCGCUUAGCCGCAAACGCAUCCCACUUGCGAGGUACAAACAUCUAUCAUACCCUCAUACCACUCCUUGAGCACUUCGUCUUCAACAAAGGCGAUGAUGAGGCUGCGGAUAGCCUCUUGGGAGAGACAAUCAAAACACUUACUUCCUUGACCGAAGGUCUGGAGUGGCCACAAUUCCGCUCAUUGCUCAAACGUUAUAUCGGCUACUUGACAAGCAAGGAAGACAUGCAAAAGCCAAUCAUCCGAUUGAUCGCUGGCUUGAUGGACGGUCUGAAUCAUUCAGCACGCGCCAAAGGGUAUAUCGCAAAGGCCCCCUCUGGGCAAGAUGGUCACAUUGCUUCCGAGAACGACGAAGCUUCGGACGUAAUGGAUGUUGAUGAGCCUUUGUCGACCCUGGCUAAGACUCUCCCACAACAGGAUAAGCUGAGCAGCGAUCUCAUCAACAACUUCCUGCCUGAUCUGACCAACUUCCUGCACAAGAAGGACGAGGCCACUGUCAGUCUAAGAGUGCCGAUUGCAGUCGCAAUCGCGAAGGUUCUCUUGGUGCUCCCGCCCCUCGAGAUUGAGACACGCCUACCGGGAGUUCUCUUGGAUAUCUGCUACAUCUUGAAGAGUCGCGCGCAAGAGGCUCGCGAUAUGUCGAGAAACACACUGAGCGACAUCGCUACGCUGAUGGGCCCGGGCUACCUGGGGUUCAUCUUGAAGGCUUUACGAACUGCGCUCCAGCGAGGAUACCAGCUUCACGUUCUCUCAUUCACUUUGCACUCGAUUCUAGUCAAGCUUGCCGACCAAACGAAACCGGGUGAUCUCGAUUACUGUCUAGCGGAUCUAGUCGACGUGGUCAUGGAUGAUACUUUUGGUGCUGCAGGUCAAGAGAAAGAUGCGGAGGAGUACAUAUCCAAGAUGAAGGAAGUCAAGAGCAGCAAAUCCUUCGAUUCCAUGGAUAUCAUAGCACGAUCAGCUACGCCCGCGCACAUCAUCAAGCUUGUGCUCCCAAUCAGGUCACUACUGAUCGAGAAGCUCAACGCCAGAAUGGUCCAAAAGAUUGACGAGCUUUUGCGACGCAUUGGACUCGGUGUUCUCCAGAACCCGACGGUCAACAACAGGGACAUCCUGGUGUUUUGCUAUGAGCUCAUCCAGGAGGUCUACGCCGCGAACACGUCUACCGACAAGAAGGCUAAGAUAGAUCCAAAGAACAAGCGAUAUCUGAUCAACAACCGUGGUGCGGCGAAGUCCGGCGCGAGACUCAGCACGUCCUCGUACCUGUACAAGAUGAUACGCUUUGGUAUGGACAUCCUUCGAACUGUGCUCCGCAAGCACGAAGACCUCCAGACGCCUCAGAACCUGGCUGGCUUCCUUCCGAUCAUCGGCGACGCCAUGGUACAAGGUCAAGAGGAGGUGCAGGUUUCGGCUGUUCGUCUUCUUACAACCAUCAUCAAGGUACCUAUGACGGAGCUGGACACGAACUGCCCUGUGUACAUCGACGAAGCAAUGCGCGCCAUCAAAGGCGCACUAUCGUCCAACACAGAGCUUGCGCAGGCUUCUUUGAAGCUAGUCUCAGCCGUCCUACGCGAGCGGCCGAACGUGCAGAUCAAAGAACGAGAUAUCGGACACCUUCUCAAGCGCAUGAUGCCCGACUUGGAUGAGCCAGAUCGCUCAGGUGUGAGCUUUGGUUUCCUCAAGGCUGUCAUGAAUCGGCACAUCGAUGUUCCCGAGAUGUAUGAAGCCAUGGAUAAGGUCGCCGAGAUGAUGAUCACCAAUCAGACGAAAUCUGCACGCGAUAUCGCUCGUUCACACUACUUCCAAUUCUUGACAUCGUAUACGCAGAGUGAGAAGCGCUUCAAGAAGCAGAUCGAAUUCCUCCUCAAGAACCUCCGAUACGAGCAUGUAGAGGGCAGGCAGUCAGUUAUGGAGGCGCUCGACCUCAUCAUCGGAAAGGCGCUGCCUCGCUUCCCAGAGAAGGCACAGUACGAGUACCAUGGUAUCAUGUUCCUCCCGUUGAUCAACACUGUGGCGAACGAUGACUCAAGCAAAUGCCGUGAAAUGGCCAGCUUGCUCAUCAAGAGACUAUUCCAACAUUCCAGCGACAAACGACUACAAAGUUUUGCGACCGACCUCAAGAGUUGGUUGGAACAGGACGACAAUGUCGGCCUGAAGCGUCUUGGCAUCCAAUGUUUCGGGUUCUACUUCGAAGCAAUGGAGGAGGAUGAAGAGCCGAAAGAGCUUGCAUACGUCCUUGACCGACUGGACUCCACAAUUGACGAGUGCUUGACACGACGCGAUGAAGACGACUGGGAGUUGCUAUACUACUCUCUUACGCUGCUCUCGAAGGUUUGCAAGAAGUACACAGACACCAUGUUUGCAUCGAACAAAGACAGCCUCUGGACCGCUGUGCAGGCCAGUGCAACCUACCCGCACUUGUGGGUCAAGCUCAAGGCUGCAGAACUCUUGGGUACAUACUUCGCGCACCUUGGAGUAUCGAACAAGGAUACUGGUCUUGAAGCACUGCCCUUGGAAGGGUCAGGCGGUUUACAGCUAGCAGAGCAGAGCAUGACGCAGCUCUGCAAUGCAUUUUUGAGAAACUUGCUCAACUCAGAGGUCUCGGAACAGCUCUGCAUGCAGAGCGUGAAGAACAUCGCUUUCCUGGCCCGAUGCCUCGCUGUAAAUGGCGCCAAGUGGCAUUGGCAGAAGACGGAUGACGAUGAAGAAGUGGGAGAUACCGUGGCUCCAACGACUGGUGACGCUGCAGCCGUAGAAGAUGAGGAAGACUUUGGCGGUUUUUCACCUCCACCUGAGGCCGCAAAACCCAAGAAGACAGAGGACACUCCACCGACAGCCAUCCAUCGCCUGAUGAUCCGCCUAUCGGGUAUUGUCCGCAAAGACAAGAGCACCAUGAACGCCAAGACAGCCAUCAUGAACCUUUUCGACACUAUCGCUGCCAAGUUCCCUCUCGAACGAUUAUCCACAUCCCUUCCACACCUUCUCACAACUCUUUCCACCCUCACCGACGCCACUGCAACCUUCCCGAAAUCCUCCGCUGCUUUGGUCUCUAACAAUGCACCCAACGACCCCUACAAAUCCCUCGCCGACAAGGCGCGCGAAGUCAUGAACACAUUGCAGAAGCGCCUCGGUACGCAAGAAUACCUGAACGUCAUGGCUGAAGUGCAAAGAGGCGUCCGCGAGAGGCGCGAGGAGAGGAGGAGAAAGAGGAAGGUUGACGCUGUGUUGGAUCCGGAGAAGGUUGGCAAGGAAAAGAGGCGGAGACACGAUGUUAAGAGAGUUAAGCGGAAGGAGAGGAGUGCUGAGGAGAGGGGGAAGCGUAGGGGUUGGUAG